GCUAGCCUUAGGGGCGUUGCGCAUGUUUUUGUGCCGCCUCGCUGUUUUCGUGUUGAUUUCGCAGCUGGCUCACACUGGUGACGUUGCAGAGGCGUGUGGAACCUGGGUGGCACCGUUUGAAAAGGCGGAAGAGACAAGCGGUGCGGACUUGGUUUGCCAGGAUCUCUACACAGCCAUUAGGCAAAAGGCGGAGGAGGAGGAUUCGCAGUUUGUUGCCGGCACUACAGUGCGAAGUCGCAGCAAAUCUCGGAAGUACAACAAAGCAGAAGCAACCGGAGAACAAGAACAGCAGGCCACAUGGCAAGUGUUCCAGGAGAAAGUCCCCUGGGUACAGUCCACGCCUGCCAGAGCAACAUCGUACAGAACCGAUGUGACUUCGGAUGCCAAGGACAAAGACUUACAGCUGCCGCCACAGCCAGUCUUACCACCUCCGCCCAUGCCCUUAAUGGAAAGGGAAGGAGGCGAUGCUUUGACUACGGAAGAGAUCAAGGUGCUAGAACACCUACGUGGGUUGAAGGGCAUGAAUAUUGCUUUGCCCGAGGAAAUGGCACAGCAGUUAGCCGAUUUGACCAUCAAAGAACAAAGAAUGGCCACGGCCAAAGCCCUCACACAUGGACACAUCAACAAGUUCCACAAGGUGAAAGGGCAAGUGGCUGGGGCAGCCAAACGCAUUCGAGAGCUCGAUGCAGAGUGGAAUGCUUUCAUGAAUCGUACAAUGGAGCGUGUCAAAGAACAUGGUCUCCUGUAUCAGAAAUGUCGUGCCGACAUGAUGGAAACAUACAACCAGAAGCUGAAGGAGCUACAGACCUUGAAGGAGGAGGUCUCAAUUGCCUCCAGGAGUCUGGUGGAUCAACACACUGGGGAUUUCGACAUGGACGAGAUGCCAGGAGUUGCAGAUCAGAUGAUGAAACUGCAAAAUGCGCUGGCGGAAAAUGGGACAGUCGAUCUUACAGGAGAUCAAAUGGAAGACCAGUUGGAGGACGAAGAACUGGUUGCAGCAAACAUGGAUCAGGGGGAGGAAGAGGUCAAGAAGGAUCUCCCUUCUGCACUGAGACCAUUCAGAUCGGCAGCAUCUCCGCAGCAAGUGGCCAAGACACACUUGAAAGCAAAGCAAGAGAAACAUCAGAAAGACAAGGACAAAGAGGUCAGGCAGAAAGGGGAUCAGUGA